GUCCAUCGCUAAGCAGAGCACCAACCGAGAACGACAAAACGCAGGGGAAGGCACUGACGGCCGGCCGGCUACUCCCCCACUCCAAUUCCUCCCAACCCGCACGCGGCUUGCCAGGGCCGGCGAUGGCGAUCGCGCAAUCCCUAGCCCUGUCGUCCUCCGUAGCCGCCCGCGCCAGGGCCCGCCGCGCCGCGCCGUCCCGCGUGGCCGCCGCGGCGUCGGCGUCGGCGUCGGGCGAGCCCGCGCGGCGGCUCGCCGUCGAGUUCGACCCGGCGAUCCCGCUGGCCUCCGCGGUGACGCCGCCGAGCGGGUGGUACACCGACCCGGGGUUCCUCCGGCUCGAGCUCGACCGCGUCUUCCUCCGUGGGUGGCAGGCCGUUGGUCACAUAGGACAAGUCAAGAACCCAAAUGAUUUCUUCACUGGAAGCCUUGGAAAUGUAGAAUUUGUCAUAUGCCGGGAUGCAAAUGGGAAACUUCAAGCUUUUCACAAUGUGUGCCGUCAUCAUGCCUCACUCCUCGCAUGUGGAAGUGGUCAGAAGACUUGCUUCCAAUGCCCUUAUCACGGUUGGACAUACGGUUUAGAUGGUACCCUCCUGAAAGCUACAAGAAUAUCAGGAAUCAAGAACUUCAACAAGAAUGAUUUCGGUCUUUUACCAAUUAAGGUGGCUACAUGGGGACCUUUUGUGCUGGCCAGAUUUGAUGAUUCCUCUCAAGAUACUGUUGAUGAUGUGGUGGGCGAUGAAUGGCUGGGUAGUGCUUCAGAUCUGUUGAGUAGAAGUGGCAUUGACACUUCACUACCCCAUAUUUGCAGGCGAGAAUAUAUUAUCGAAUGUAACUGGAAGGUAUUUUGUGACAACUAUCUAGAUGGUGGAUAUCAUGUUCCAUAUGCACAUGGGGCCCUUGCAUCUGGCCUUCAGCUUCAAUCCUACGAAACACUUGUAUUGUUUACAUAUGAAAAAGUUAGUGUUCAAAGAUGUGAAAGUGCCCCAGAAGAACAAGACAUUGAUCGCUUAGGGACGAAAGCUACAUAUGCCUUUGUUUAUCCAAACUUUAUGAUCAAUAGGUAUGGUCCAUGGAUGGACACUAAUCUAGCUGUUCCAUUGGAUGCAACCAGGUGUAAAGUGGUUUUUGAUUAUUUUCUGAACGAAUCUCUUCUGGAUGACCAGGAUUUCAUUGAUAGAAGCUUAAAGGACAGCGAACAAGUACAGGUAUAUUACCACAAAACUGAUCGUCGGUCGCCAAGAUUGAAGACAUUGCGCUGUGCGAGGGAGUCCAGCGGGGCCUGGAGUCGCCGGCCUACGGCGUGGGCAGGUACGCGCCGUCCGUGGAGAUGGCCAUGCACCACUUCCACUGCCUCCUGCACGCCAACCUCAGUGGCUAGUGAUACUUAUGUGCGGCGUUCAAUAUUGUGUACUCCCUCCGUUUCUAAAUACAAGUCUUUGUAGAGAUUCCACUAAGUGGACUACAUACGGAGCAAUGAAUGAAUCUACACUUAAAAUGCAUCUAUAUACAUCCGUACGUGGUUUAUAGUGGAAUCUCUAUAAAGACUUAUAUUUAGGAACGGAGGGAGUAUAUAAUUGUGAACUGCCAUGCUGGGAGCACAUAGCCCAGGGCUGUAAUUCUACAGCUCGUCUUCUUCCCCCAUGGUACAAAACAGAGUGUUUGAACCGUGCGAAAUUGGACUAUGCCAGGUGAAACUAUAUCCGAAUAAAAUGAGUGAACCGUGAAACGGCUUUGGCCAUAUGAAAAGACCUCCGAAGCUCGAUAUUUGGCCA